AUGGGAGUCGUGCCUGCGCUCGCCGCCCGCCCAGCAUGCGUGACGUCAUGCUGCGCCAUAGUGCCACAGCAGCCUAUGGAUCAUUUAAUUACCCGCUUCUGGGAACUGGAAGAAGUCCCCGGCUCGCCCGUUCAGCACCCCACGGAUGUUGAAUGUGAACAUUUUUACCGCUCGACUACGGAACGUGACCCCGUGACCGGCCGUUACACUGUAGCUCUCCCGUUUGAUAAAGACGUGUUUUUACUUGGGGACUCCUAUAACAUUUCUCGCAAACGUUUUUUGUGUUUGGAGAAGAAGCUCGAGGCUUCUCCCGAGCUUCGUGCCGCUUACGAUGACGUCAUUAAGGACUAUAUUUCCAAAGGUUAUGUGGAGCCACUGACCGUUCCCCCGCAGGCGUCAUCGGACGAUUUGUCCCCGAGCUAUAUAAUCCCGCACCAUGGUGUCCUCCGCGAGGACAAGUCCACCACGAAGCUGCGCCCCGUGUUAGAUGCAAGUUGCAAGACUUCAUCCGGUGUCUCGCUAAACGAGGUGCUGCACAGUGGGCCAAAUUUACAAGGGGACUUGUUUAAAAUUAUUUUAAAUUUUCGCCUACACGCUGUAGCGAUGACCGCUGAUUGCAAACAGAUGUUUCUGCAGAUUAUGCUUCGCGAAUCUGAUAGACGCUAUCAGAGAAUUUUAUAUCGUUUUAAUCCAAACGAUCCUCUGGUUCUAUAUCAAUUUAAUAGAGUAUGUUUCGGUUUAAAGUCAAGUCCCUUCCACGCGCUCCGCACUGUGCAGCAGCUCGUCGACGAUGACGGCGCCGAGUAUCCCCGCGCGGCGGAGAUCGUCCCGUCCUGCCUGUAUAUGGACGAUAUCGCCUUUUCUGUUGAUACAGAACAGGAGGCGGUGGACGCAGCAAAACAGCUGAUUCAAAUGUUCAAGGGUGCCCAGUGGGAUCUUGUUAAAUGGAACAGUAAUUCACAAUACGCACUCAAUGAGUUGCCCGCUUCGCACAAGAUACCUACUGAGGUUGAAUUCGACAAGGCUACAGAUCAUAAAAUAUUAGGACUCGGUUGGUCUACUGAUAAUGACGACUUUUAUUUUAAAAUCGACCCUCCUGAUUUGGACUCAGUGUGUACCAAACGCACCAUAAUGUCAACGAUCGCCCGACUUUGGGACAGAAUGGGUUUCGUCGCGCCAACUGUAUUGGUAGCUAAGUUAUUAAUUAAGAAACUAUGGCAGCUGAAGGUGGAUUGGGACGAAGUCCCGCCCGACCAGGUAGUAAGGCUUUGGCGACAAUUUUGUCGCGAACUGCCGGCGCUUAAUGAGAUAAAAAUCCCUCGUUGUCUCAGCGUCGCGACUGGUUGCGAGGUGACCUUGGUAGGGUUCGCAGAUGCUAGUGAGCAGGCGCAAGGCGGCGUUGUGUACGUGCACGUCGCUUCUCCGUCGGGUAAUGUGGUCCGCCUUCUCUGCGCGAAGUCCAAGAUAGCACCCACCCCGCCCCAUACGAUUGCUCGUAUGGAGCUUUGCGCAGUUCUUUUACUGUCGAAAUUAUUACGCUCAGUACUUGAAACGUAUAAUUCCCGCAUUCCAAUUAGGGUCCGCGCCUACACAGAUUCCAAGGUUGCGCUUUAUUGGAUAAAAAAUUCGCCUCACCGUUGACAAACAUUUGUUGCCAACCGUGUUAUUAAAA